AUGUUGUGGAAGCUGUAUGCUGCCAAAAAACGAUCAACACAACAAGAAGCUACGGUGUGGGCGUUAGAAAAGAAAACUCUUGAAUCCUACCCCAAGUCGCAAAGGGAAACGGUGUUAGAUGCUAUGAAACACGGUGUGGCGACAAUGACGCGUAUCAAACAUCCCAAAAUCCUGUCCGUGGUUCAACCGUUGGAAGAGUCACGCGACAGUCUGGCUUUCGCUAGUGAACCGCUUUUUACGUCACUCAAAACUGCUCUGUCUCCCUCAUGCUCAUCGACUAAUGGCAAUUUUGAGGCACUCCGGGAUUUCACUUUGACGGAUAUUGAAAUCAAAUAUGGACUGAUACAGGCGAGUGCGCUGAAUGUGAUUCAUGUCAUCGCUCCCUACUCUGUGCGCAUAACGAUCACUCCGUUUUUAUUGCAGCUGACAGAAGCUUUGCAUUUUUUGCACUCGGAUUGUCAUCGGUUGCAUUUGAAUCUCAUUCCGGAAUCUGUGGUGAUUAACAAGUACGGACUAUGGAAGUUGGCCGGGUUCGAAUUCUCCAAAGUGCUCGACGAGUCCUGCAACGGUACUAACAAUCCCUCCAUGGAUUCUGUGAUUACUGUCCCAAUAUGGCAAGGUGCACUUAUGCCCGCUUGUCAGCCAGCCCUGCACGGUUGCAGUCCGGAAGCGAUAUUGCAAGGUCAAGUCAGCCGGGCCAGUGAUAUGUUUGCCUUUGGUUUGUUAAUCUGUAGUCUUUACAAUAAAGGUCAACCGUUGCUGGACACAGGCAAUGACUAUUCAGCUUAUCGACGGGGUAUCAAAGAUGUGAGUCUCUAUUUUAUUUGA